UAAGCUCAAAUUUGAAUGUGUGGGGCCAAUGCACUGCCAGACAGAGUCAGUGAGGCAGCAGGACUUGAGGCAAGCCUUCCUUGGCCUAAGACUAAGAAAGACACCCUGGAAUCCACAAUGGACAGCCUCCUGAUGAAGCAGAGGAAGUUUCUCUACCAUUUCAAGAAUGUCCGCUGGGCGAAGGGUCGCCAUGAGACCUACUUGUGCUACGUGGUGAAGCGGCGGGACAGUGCCACCUCCUUUUCAUUGGACUUCGGUCACCUUCGAAACAAGAACGGCUGCCACGUGGAACUGCUCUUCCUCCGCUACAUCUCCGACUGGGACCUGGAUCCUGGCCGCUGCUACCGCGUCACCUGGUUCACCUCCUGGAGCCCCUGCUACGACUGCGCCCGGCACGUGGCCGACUUUCUGAGAGGGUACCCCAACCUCAGUCUGAGGAUCUUCACCGCGCGCCUCUACUUCUGCGAGGACCGCAAGGCCGAGCCCGAGGGGCUGCGGCGCCUGCACCGCGCGGGCGUCCAAAUCGCCAUUAUGACCUUCAAAGAUUAUUUUUAUUGCUGGAAUACUUUUGUGGAAAAUCGUGAAAAAACUUUCAAAGCCUGGGAGGGGUUGCACGAAAAUUCAGUUCGUCUAUCCAGACAGCUUCGACGCAUUCUUUUGCCCCUGUAUGAGGUUGAUGACUUGAGAGAUGCAUUUCGUACUUUGGGACUUUGACAGCAGCCUCCAAGAAUGUCACAUAUUAUAAGCUAUCUCUGAAGACAAUGGGUAAAAGGACGAUCUUUCAAGAAGUCUGUUUUUCUUCAACUCUCACUUCCUUAGAGUUUAGAGAAAAAAAUAUUCGUAUACAGGGCUUGUUUAAAAAACAUCUGGAAAGUAGACCAAGAGCACAGGCCCACCGAGGUAGCGGUGCAACCGGUGCAGGUUUUAAUGCAACAGCGCCCUCUACUGUGAAAUGGCAGAAUUGCAGGGCCUGGGAGCGCCUAAAGUGUCCUGUUCUAUGACUUUUAGGCUGGGAGGAAACAGAAGGUAACUCCCUAAAAGCAUGGUGAGAAGAUCAAAUAUUUUAUAAUCAGUUUCUUUUAUUAUUCGUUCUGAGUUUUUCAAGGAUAUUACUGAUACAUUUUUGUACUCUUUGCCUUUGGGGUUCACUUUCAAGUGAACAGACCUCCACCAGUCCAUGAUCUAUGUAGAACCACCUAAUGAAAGACUCUGGGUGAUUGUAACCCCCAAACAUCUUCUCAGAGCAUUAAUAUCUAAGCAUGUGCUGUCUGUUUUAAUUGUCUGAGGCAUGUUUUCCUGUUUGCACACACAACGGUUUUUUUCUUGGUAUGGAAUACGCGCGAUCACCUUCAGGGUAUUUUAUAAUAAAGGAUCUUAAAAUGA